CCUGGUGACCAGUCGCUGCGCCAUGACCCGGCUGACGGUGCUGACGCUGUGUGUGACGGCUGUGGCCGGCCUGACCCGAGACGGCACCUACUGGGGCUCUCCGGGUUCUGGUCUGCUCGGAGGCGGCCGGGCGGGCUACUACCCCAGCGGCGGCGGCGGCGGCAGCGGUGGCGGCGGCUACUAUCCCGGCGGUGGCGGCAGCGGCGGUGCCGGCAGCGGCUGGGGCGGCGUCACGGGAGGCGGCUUCUACCCGGGCCCCGUCAUCCCCGACAGAGGCUGGCGCCGCAGGUACCGGCGGUACUCGCAGGCCGUUGUGGAGGACACACCGCCAGUAAGGAGCACCUCUGGCCAAGGAUCGGCAGUCAUACCCGACUACCCACGCCCGGCUGGCGGGUUCAUCCCCGGUCAUCCCAAUCCCAAUAGUGAUGGACAGUUCAUCCCUGGUCGUCCCAAUCCCAAUAGUGAUGGACAGUUCAUCCCUGGUCGUCCCAAUCCCAACACUGAUGGACAGUUCAUCCCUGGUCGUCCCAAUCCCAACACUGACGGACAGUUCAUCCCUGGUCGUCCCAAUCCCAACACUGAUGGACAGUUCAUCCCUGGUCGUCCCAAUCCCAACACUGACGGACAGUUCAUCCCUGGUCGUCCCAAUCCCAACACUGAUGGACAGUUCAUCCCCGGUCAUCCCAAUCCCAACACUGAUGGACAGUUCAUCCCGGGUCAUCCCAAUCCCAGCACUGGUGGACAGUUCAUCCCGGGUCAUCCCAAUCCCAGCACUGGUGGACAGUUCAUCCCGGGUCAUCCCAAUCCCAGCACUGGUGGACAGUUCAUCCCGGGUCAUCCCAAUCCAAGCACUGGUGGACAGUUCAUCCCGGGUCAUCCCAAUCCCAGCACUGGUGGACAGUUCAUCCCCGGUCAUCCCAAUCCCAACUCAAGCAGCGGAGGAUCUGGGACCGGAGGCAGCGAUGGGAUUGGACAAUCACCCCCAAUCGGCGCCAGCCAACAAGCAUACGGGCUUGGAAGUGCCAAAGACUAGUGACAACAGCUGUUGGACGAGCUAGAACGUCAUGGACCACCAGAGCGAUAGUUCUCGUAGCCCUCUCAAGGCGUGGAAGUGGGCGCAUCGAGUUGUGACGAGCGAAACGAUGUCAAAGUCGGCAACCAUGACAAUGAUUAUAAAUAUACCUGUGAAAGCCA